GGGGUGGGGUUUCCCCGUAGCUGGUUCCCCCACCCCCAGCCCAGGCAGGUAUAAAGCCACUUCCCCAGGCCAGAGGAACCCAGAGAAAGAGAAGAGAGAAGUCUCACCAUGUUCUCUUGGAGCCGACAGAGAAACCAGAGCCCCGGGGGCCUCGACCUCCAUCCUAGAACCCUGCUCCUAUUACUGAUGGUGGUGGCCUCAGCCCAGGGGAUCACCCCAAGCCCCAAGACCUGCCGAGUGUACCCAUCAAUCAACGGAAGCGCCAUCGUCUGCCACCCACCCGCCGAAUUCCCCUGCGACCUCCCAGCCGAUACUGUCCACCUGUCUGCGGAGUUCUUCAACUUCACCCAUUUGCCAGACGGCAUCCUCCAGGGCACCCCCAACCUCCAGGAGCUGCACCUCUCCAGCAACCGGCUGGAGAACCUCUCGGCCGAGUUCCUGCUCCCCGUGCCCCGGCUGAGGGUGCUGGAUCUGACCCGCAACGCCCUGACCCGGCUGCCCCCCAGACUCUUCCGGGCCUCGGCCGCCCUUGUCACCCUGGUGCUGAAGGAGAACCAGCUGGAGGUCCUGGAGGCCACGUGGCUGCACGGUUUGAGGGACCUGUGGUAUCUGGAUCUUUCCGGAAACCGCCUCCGGACGCUGCCCCCCGGGCUGCUGGCCAACUGCACAGCCCUGCACAUCCUUGACCUUGGAAACAACCAGCUGGAGACCUUGCCCCCCGAUCUUCUGCGGGGCCCACUGAGGUUGGAUCGGCUGCAUUUGGAGGGCAACAGGCUGCGGGCACUGGGAGAGGACCUGCUUUGGCCCCAGCCGGGCCUGGGAUACCUCUUCCUGCAAAACAACAAGCUGGCGACCGUGGCAGCUGGCGCUUUCCGGGGGCUUCGGCAGCUCGACAUGCUGGACCUGUCCAACAACGAGCUGACAGGCGUCCCCAAGGGUCUCUGGGCAUCCCUGGGGCGUCCCGGCCGGGACAUGAAGGACGGCUUCGACAUCUCCGGGAACCCCUGGAUGUGUGACCAAAACCUGAGUGACCUCUUUCGCUGGCUGGUGGCCAACAAGGACAAAAUGUUCUCCCUGAAUGACACUCGCUGUGCUGGGCCCGAAACUUCGAGGGGUCAGACGCUCCUGGCAGUGGCUGAGUCCCAGGGGAGCCCAGAGAAGAAGUCGGGGAGCAGGGGAUGCAGACAGGGUCUAGCAGAGCACUGUACCCCACUUAGCAAAUAAUCCUGCAUUUAAGUGUGAUGCUCAAAGUCUUCAGUUGCACCCCCCAACUCAAGUUCCCAGCCCUGUUUCAUCCAGGUGCCCCCCACCCCCAAACACAGGUCUCCCCGCUUUGUCUCAAGCUGUGCCCUCUCCCUGGAAUGCCUGGGCCCCCCGUUUCCCAGAUCUCAGUUUCCCCCAUCCCCCUUGUCCACUCCCCUGGCCCAGCCCUGGCCACAUUGGGGUGGUGUCUUUGUCUAGCUCUGUCUUCCUCGGACUGGGGGAGCUCCCUGGGCCCCCCUCUUACCCCGCAUUACUCAGGCCUCAUGGGUUUAGUAAAUAACUGUUGGACUGGAUUGAAUGAAUUGGUAUUCAUUCAUUCUGUUCCUUGUGUCUUCCAAGUUGACUUCCUAGACUCGGGGGUGAUAGAGAGGGAAGCAAGUGGGGUACCAGGGCUGGGAAUGCAUCAGACCCCAAAUCAGCGGCAACUGGGGUCUGAUGUAUGGGGCUCCCCCCACUGUAUCUUGGGGCUUAACUGGAAAAUAAAACUCUGACCCAGGUGUCAUUUUACUCGUG